CAAGCAUCGUAUUUGAGGCUUACGAAGUUAAUAAUCUUGGCUCUGGUGUGUACAAUGGGGUGGAGCGUCGUGGUGGCGGCGCCCCAAAUGACCGACGCCCAGUUGGACCAGACCCUCACAGACCGUGCCACCAUGCAGAGGCACCUGAGGUGUGCCCUCCAGGAGGGUCCUUGCGACCCUGUCGGCAAAAGACUUAGAAUUCUCGCUCCGUUGGUUCUCCGGGGCACCUGCAGACAGUGCACUCCCCAAGAAACCCGCCAGAUCCGGUACACCCUCGCAUUCGUCCAGCGGAACUACCCCUGGGAGUGGGCCAAGCUCAUCCGCCAUACGCUGGUAUUAUUGUUGGUUGUUGCCGCCUGCGCGUACGCCGCAGAGGCUCCGCGGCCGCAGGUGACGGACACCGCUCUAGAGGACGCGCUCAACGACAAGCGAUUCAUCCAGAGACAACUCAAGUGCGCGCUAGGAGAGGCUCCUUGCGAUCCCAUCGGCAAGAGGCUUAAGACACUUGCUCCCCUGGUGCUACGUGGAGCAUGCCCACAGUGUUCUCCGCAAGAAACCAAGCAGAUCCAGCGCACUCUUUCGUACGUUCAGCGAAACUACCCCCAGCAGUGGGCUAAGAUCGUGCGCCAAUACGCGGGCUAAAACGUCUCCGUUUCGGACGUUGAAGCACGAACUAGCUAACUUCAUGUACUAUUGUGUGAAUACUUUGUGUUUUUGUGAAAAUGCGUAGUAAACUGAUUUACUGUAAGUCCACCAACCUAUAGACUAGUUGUAAUAAUCAUCAUCACUUUGUAUCACUCGACAAGUACAUACAGUGGGCAAAAUAAUUCCCCAAUCAGAAUCACUCUUAUACCUUAAAUUAAAGUGUUUUUGUAAAUAAUAGGAUAAAGAAAUUAACACUUAAAAACCAAACUAACAUUAUAUUAGGAUUAAGACCUAUCGUACCUUCUUCUAUGACUAUUUUAAAACACCUUAGAAACACAUGAAA